UCCUGGGGUUCACGGCCAGACUUCAGCCAGCAAGUGCAGAAGCGCUUGUUGCUGUCUCAGCUGCAGACUGGGUUUUUCCUUGUCUUGCAGUUUGUAGAUUAGAAGAACGGUGUGCAAGGGACUCCAGCUCUUCCCAGACCCAGGCCAGUGUGGCUGUCUCUCAGGGUUCUGCCAUAGUGAAAAAUGUGUAUGUGAGUGUGGUGUGUGUGUGUGUGUCAGAGAACGAAAGAGAAGGGGAGAGAGACUGAUCGAUUCUUCGGCCUCAACUUCAGCAUCCCUUAGUCGGCCACUUCUGUCCCCAGGCUGGUGUCUUCUGGUGCAGUAGCUCCGAGAUGAAGUCACCCUGGAAAAUCCUUAUGGCCACUCCUCUGUUCUUUCUCCUGACCCUUCACACCUUGGCCUCUCCAGCCUAUGACCACCAGCGCGGCACCAGACGCUCCAAUGGCCAAGUCUGUAUAGGGUGUGUGCUGGUGGUGUCUGUGAUUGAACAGCUUGCUCAAGUUCACAACUCAACGGUCCAGACCUCAAUGGAGAGACUGUGCAGCUACUUGCCUGAAAAACUGUUCUUGAAGACCACCUGCUAUUUAGUGGUAGACAUAUUUGGACCAGACAUCAUAAAACUGCUCAGAGCGGAUGUGAAUGCCGAUGUGGUGUGUCACACCCUGGAGUUUUGUAAACAGGACCGUGGCCAACCCUUGUGUCACCUCUAUCCCCUUCCCAAGGAGACAUGGAAAUUGACACUAGAGAAAGCAAGACAGAUUGUCAAGAAAUCCCCAGCUCUGACGUAUUCCAGAAGUGGUUCUGAUAUUUGUUCACUCCCAUUUUUGGACAAGAUCUGUCAGAGGAUUAAAUUGGCUAUACAAAAUUCUUUACCAUUCAAAGAUGUAGAUUCAGACAAAUACAGUGUUUUCCCAACACUGCGGGGCUCUCACUGGCGAGGGAGAGACUGUAACGACAGCAACAAGAUGGCAUACCCAGGCAGAAGGCCAGACAACUGGGAUACACAUCAGGAUUCAAACUGUAAUGGCAUUUGGGGUGUUGAUCCAAAAGAUGGAAUUCCAUACGAGAAGAAAUUCUGUGAAGGUUCACAGCCCAGGGGAAUCAUUUUGCUGGGAGACUCAGCUGGGGCUCAUUUUCACAUCCCUCCCGAUUGGAUCACAGCUUCACAGAUGUCUUUGAAAUCCUUCUUCAAUUUACCAACAGCUCUUACCAAUGAGCUCGACUGGCCCCAACUCUCUGGAGCUACUGGAUUUCUGGAAUCCACUAGCGGAGUUAAAGAAAACUCUAUUUACCUUCGUUUACGGAAAAGAAACCACUGCAAUCACAGGGACUACCAGAACAUUUCAAGAAAUGGUGCAUCUUCCCAAAGCCUGGAGAGAUUUAUAGAAAGUUUGUCUAGGAACCAGCUGUUGGACCAACCAGCCAUUGUCAUAUACGCCAUGAUUGGAAAUGAUGUCUGCAACAGGAAGAUUGAUCCCGUCCCAGAAAUGACCACUCCUGAAAAAUUGUUCUCAAAGGUCAUGCAGACUCUGCAGUAUCUAGAUUCCCACCUGCCAAAUGGCAGCCAUGUUAUUUUAUACGGCUUACCAGAUGGAACCUUUCUCUGGGAUAAUUUGCACAGCAGAUAUCAUCCUCUCGGCCAGCUGAACAAGGACGUGACCUACGCGCAUUUCUACUCCUUCCUGAACUGUCUCCAGGUCAGCCCCUGCCACGGCUGGAUGUCUUCCAAUAAGACGCUCCGGACUCUCACUUCAGAGAGAGCAGAACAACUCUCCAAUACGCUGAAAAAAAUUGCAACCAGCCAGAAAUUUACGAACUUCAAUCUUUUCUACAUGGAUUUUGACUUCCAAGAAAUCACGGAGAAGUGGCAGAAGAGUGGAGGGCAGCCCUGGCAGCUCAUUGAACCCAUGGAUGGAUUCCACCCUAGUGAGGUGGCUUUACAGCUGUUGGCAGAUCGCUUCUGGAAGAAGGUGCAGCUCCAGUGGCCCCAGGUCCUGGGAAAGGAGAAUCCAUUCAACCCCCAGAUUGAGCAGGUGUUUGGAGACCAAGGGGGGCACUAAGUCCUCAGGGACACCUGCUCCUGGGGAGCUCAGGAAGGCAGAAACUUGGGCGCAUCACAGUCUCCUGCAAGCACACAAGGUGGUACUUCAGCACUGCACUCGGAGACCGAUUUAAACAGUGAAGUCACCAACGAAAAGCAUAAAAAUGCCCAAAAUGUGGCAGUAAAUACACCGUGAAAAAGACACCUUUUCUUACAGUGUGAGAGCUGAAACAAGAAGGCAGAGCCCUGCCUUUUUCAACCUCAGUUGGGAACGUGCAGGUCAGGUGAUUGAAAUUUCUCAUUGCUCAAAUGACCACAAAAGUGCCAUGA